AUGCCGCAGCAGCGGGGCAUGGCAGGCGGCACCCCGAAGCCGUUAGUUCGCGCCUGGACCGUGAAUUUGGUUGCGAUGGAGACCGUGUCCCUGGAGCACCAGAUCCAGAGCGUGCAGCGGCACAUCGCUUUCCUGAAGAAGGAGCAGAUGGAGCUGCUCCAUGACCUGCACCUGGAGAUCCUCCGCUUGCAGAAGCACUGCUCAGAGCUUACCCAUGACCUGGAAAUAAAAGAGCUGGAAGCCCGCCAGCAAGAUGUGCUGGACCGGGAGCUGGAGGAGAAGUGCCGGGUGAUGGAGGCCCGGCUGCAGGAGAAGGAGAAGGACAACCUGGAGCUGCGCAAGGAGCUGCAGCACAAGGAGACGCUGGUGGCCGCCCUGCGCUCCAGCCUCCGCAGCAAGGAGCGCCGGUUCCUGGAGGAGCUGAAGCGCCGGAGCCACCGCGUCACCAUCCUCGACACCGAGCUGCAGAAGCAGACCGAGGCGGCCGCCUACCUCUCCCUCCAGCUCCACGCCACCGCCCAGCGCCUGCCGGGUGGCUUGCUGGCACGGAGGCUCUGGGGGCUGCUCCUGGCCUUCCCGGGGCCGCCUUUGGAGAAGGGAUUGCCCUUCCUCUGUGAAACCGGGACCGCUAAGGGACCCCAGCAGCUGAAUGCCGAGCGGCGCGUGUGCCAGCGCGGGAUGCGUGCCAGCGUGUGGAGGGGCCGGGAUGCCUGGCCGAUGCCGCCGGGGGAAGUGCUGAAGCGCUCUAGCACUCGUCCCAUGCUGCACUGGUGCAGCACUCGAGAUCGGGCUAUUUAUAACCGCCUCUGGGCCGGGGCGGUCGGGCUGGCAUCCCUCCGCGAGCGCGCCUGA